AUGCUACAUCUUGAAGGAUACAUUACAAAUCCAAUUAAAUCCAUAAAUAUGAGGCUCGAGUCUUCCAAAAUAGCACAACUCCAACUGAACCCCGCGGGGAUACGGAAUAUUUGUAUUUUGGCGCAUGUGGAUCAUGGGAAAACAUCUUUGAGUGACUCUUUGCUUGCCACCAAUGGGAUCAUAUCGCAACGUAUGGCUGGUAAAGUCAGAUACUUGGACUCCAGAGAGGAUGAGCAACUCCGUGGUAUCACCAUGGAGGCGUCUGCUAUCUCCCUUUACUUCAAGGUUGUCCGUAGAAAGGAAAACAAUGGCGAGGACGCCUCCAUAUCAGCUGCCGAUUCGCCAUCGCCAUCGCCUUCCCCAUCUCCAUCUCCAUCUCCAUCGCCAAACUCUGCCUCUCUUGAAACUAAAGAAUAUCUCAUCAACCUCAUUGAUUCUCCGGGUCAUAUUGACUUUUCUUCGGAAGUUUCCACCGCGGCAAGACUUUGUGACGGUGCAGUUGUUCUUGUGGAUGUUAUUGAAGGAGUUUGCUCCCAAACAGUCAAUGUGUUACGUCAAUGUUGGACCGAUGGUUUGCGUCCCGUGCUUGUCCUUAAUAAGAUCGAUCGUCUCGUUACCGAGUGGAGAUUGACCCCUACGGAAGCUUACCAACAUCUCUCAAGAACCAUCGAACAAGUCAACUCGGUCAUAGGGGCCCUUUACGCAGGGGAAAGAAUGGCCGAUGACAUGAAUUGGAGAGAAAGUGGCGCCCAGGGUGAGUUUGUGGAAAAAGAUGAUGAAGAUAUUUACUUCCUGCCCGAAAAAAACAACGUUGUCUUCACCCUGGCGGCAGACGGUUGGGGGUUUACCAUCAAUACCUUUGCCAAGGUGUAUGCCAGUAAAUUGGGCUUCUCUCAUAAGGUUCUCACCAAGACCCUUUGGGGGAACUACUAUCUUGACAUGAAAAACAAGAAGAUUUCAGCCAAGAAGACUGGUCUGGGGAAGGUUUUGUUUGUUUCCUUGGUGUUGGAACCUAUUUGGGCCGUCUAUGAAAACUGUGUAGUGGAAAGAAAUCAAGAAAAAUUGGAAAAAAUCAUUGAAAAGUUGGCCGUCAAGGUGCUGCCAAGAGACUUGAGAUCCAAGGAAUAUAAGACUUUGUUGGGACUGGUUAUGUCACAAUGGCUUCCCUUGAGUCACGCCUUGUUGGGUGCCGUAAUAGAAAAAUUACCAUCCCCUAAGGAGGCUCAAGGUGAAAGAGUUGUCAACAUAUUGGAGGCGCCAAUCAACGAAGAUUCUGAUGCUUCAACUGAAAAGAAAUCCUCGAAAGUUGUGGCUGCUCUUCAUGAAUGUUCUUCUACUGGUCCAACUAUUGCAUAUGUUUCGAAAUUAAUAUCUGUACCACAAGAAGAAAUCCCUGUACACUCGACCAGUACCGGAUCAGCACUUACCGCUGAAGAAAUCAUCGAAAGAGGUAGAAAAGCUCGUGAAAUGGCUAGAAAGGCUUCGGAAGCUGCUGCCGCCCUUGUUGACGAAAAGAAGGCUUCUCAGGGCGACGAGUUCACUGUUAUUGGUGCCGCUGCCAAGGAUCCAUUUGAAUGGGAAGUGGAAGAUGAGGACUUUGAAGAUGAAGAUGAAGAGUUGGAAGAAGUUGCUGGUGAAACAUUGGUUGCAUUUGCUAGAGUAUACUCUGGUAGUUUAUCCCGGGGACAAAAGGUGACCGUUGUGGGUCCCAAGUAUGAUCCUAUUGCUGGACCUGAGUCCCAAACCAAUAAAGAUCAAAUCCAUGAAGUCGAAAUCUCUGACUUGUUCCUCAUCAUGGGUCGUGAGUUCGUUCGUAUGGAAACUGUUCCAGCCGGUAAUAUUGUUGGGGUUGUUGGUUUAGGAGGUUUACCAUUGAAGAGUGCCACCAUUUGUACUGGCGGUGACACCUACUUGAACUUGGCCACCACAUCCACAUUGAUCCAUAACAAGCCGAUCAUGAGAGUUGCAGUGGAACCAACCAAUCCUGCCCGUUUGGAACGGUUAGAGCAUGGUUUACAAAGACUCGCACAAGCAGACACUGUGUUGGAAUGGUAUGUAGAUGACGAUUCUGGUGAACUCAUCAUGUGUGUAGCUGGAGAACUUCAUUUGGAAAGAUGUUUGAAAGAUUUAGAGGAAAGAUUUGCUCGUGGAUGUGAAGUUGUGGUGAAGGAACCCGUCAUUCCAUUCAGAGAAGGUCUUAGUGUCACCAACAGUUCAAGUGGAACUGGUGCUGAAGUAGAAGAGAUUAGCACUACUCUUGGUAAUGUUGAACUUGAGUUCGAAGUCUAUGGAUUACCAGAGUCUGUUGUUAAGUUCUUGAGUGAGAAUGAGGCAGACAUUAAUUCUGUUACAUCUACAAGUUCCGGUGCUACUGGUACUCUUGUUGAAGGACUUACUAAGGCCUUUGAAGAGGAUGAGGAUGUUCUUGAAGAGCUUCUUGCUGCAACUGGCUACCCUAGUGUUUCUGCUCUUGUAGACCAUAUCGUUGCAUUUGGACCAAAGAGAGUUGGACCAAAUGUCCUUGUAGAAGGUUAUGAAAGCACUCAAUUCAAACAUGUACUUUCAGGAAACAAGGAAAGUAUAGACACGACAUCUGAUGACAAUGCCUUUUCCUACCAAAACAAUGUCCUUAACGGUUUCCAACUUUCCACGAAUGAAGGCCCAUUAGCAUCCGAACAGCUCAUUGGAGUGUUGGUCCUCAUUCGUACUGCCGCUAUUAUCCCUGAUGCUGAGGAUGAAGUACUUAACCUUGCUGGUAGAAUCAUCACAUUUACUCGUGACCAGAUCCAUGCCCGUCUCUCACAACGGUCUCUCAGAUUAUUCUUGGCCAUGUAUACAUGUGACAUCCAAGCAGCCGCCGAGGUGCUUGGUAAGGUGUAUGCCACUGUGCAACAACAUGGUGGGUCCAUUGUCCUGGAAGAAAUGAAGGAAGGUACUCCAUUUUUCACCAUUACUGCGAGAAUCCCCGUUGUUGAAGCGUUUGGAUUCUCCGAUGAUAUCCGUAAGAAGACUUCGGGUGCAGCCAGUCCACAACUUGUGUUUGAUGGGUUUGACGUGUUAGACCUUGACCCAUACUGGGUUCCACAUACCGAGGAAGAGUUGGAAGAGUUGGGAGAGUUUGCCGAACGUGAAAAUGUUGCCAGACGCUACAUGAACAGUAUCCGUCGUCGUAAGGGUUUGUUUAUCGACGAAAAGGUUGUGAAGAAUGCCGAAAAGCAACGUACUUUGAAGAAGGAUUAAAUAGAAUAUGUACAAAUAGAAUUUUUUUUCAUUAUUAA